GUGGCAGCGACAGCAACAGCCGCUGUUAUUGAAUUAUUUUAUGCUUGCGCUCCUUAAUGCAUUCAGGGUGUUUUUUCCUGAAAACGAAUCAGACGGUCAUCCAACCAUAUUACGUCAGUGGACCAAAUCUGGAUGAUGCAGCAUAUUUGAAGCCUGGAUAAACGUGAAAAUGUCACUCUCUGUCGUGAGCCUCUGAGGGAAAUGACGGUGACGGACUAUCAUCUAUCCUGGCAUUUGUACUAUAAUAUAACGUGACUGAACCGUCAUUUUGUCGCUGACGACGGGAAGGAGGGAUCUCCUGGGUCUCAUGAUCGCCGUGACUGUUUUGCACAAGAUAUAACCGAAUUAGAUACGACUGAUUAUCACUUUUUCUUUAUUUCUUCUUUAUUGUUUGAUUGACAUGAAGUUAUAUGGAUUUUUAGUGUUGGGUGUUUAUUGCGCUCACACACUCGCUUAUAAAACCAUUAUCGACGUACUGUCUGAAGAUGCGCGGUUUGAAACUUUGCUUGGCCACUUGCAGCGCACUCGUCUCAUUCCGCAUGUCAAUGCUUUGAAAGCGGCCACCUUAUUUGCGCCGGACAAUGACGCCUUUGCAAAAUACAACGAUGGGGAUAUUACCGCUGACACAUUACUUUACCAUUUAUUACCGGUGGGCAUGUUGGGAGAAGAUUUCUACCAUGACCAGUUGUUGGAAUCGCUGUACAUCCGACCAGGCUAUUUGGGCUCCGAUGAAGCCGGUCAACGCAUAAAAAUCACCAAAGAAGGCAAUCCCCGCAAAGGCCGUGGCAAGGUUUACAUCAAUCAAGCCCAAAUCAUUUCCAAAGAUAUCCCCGUCAAUAAUCAAACGUAUAUCCAAGUCAUCGACCGUGUCCUGCAGCCACCCCACACCAUCAGUAAAACGAUCCGUCAAACUUAUAAUGAUACCUAUGCAUUACUGGAAAAAAUCGGCAUGCACGAUCUUUUAAACGAAGGCCAGCCUUUUACGUUAUUUGUACCUCGUGACAACAUUCUCAAUCAAUUGGCCACGGUCGAACAGCAGUACCUCCUGUCUCGCUAUGGCAAAGAAGAUUUGGGGCGAUUACUGAAAUAUAUGGUCGUCAAAGGCGCCGUUUAUGCUGCGGAUUUUCCCAAUGGCAAAACGUUAUACGAAACACUGUCGGGCGAAUCCAUCGUCAUUGCCGUCGACAAAGACAAUCAUCGAACUGUCAACGGCAUCCCUGUCGUCAAAACAGAUACCAUCGCCGCCAACGGUGUGGUACACGAGUUGGAGUCGGGGAUGGUACCUUCCAACAUUGUAUUUGAUGUGCGAAAAUAUCUGUAUGGAUUCAAUGCCACGAAAUUCGUGACGUUGAUGGAAACGUAUGGUUUGGGUCACUACCUCGGUGCAGACUCUCAUAAUUUCACGGUAUUGGUACCGUCCAACGAUGAUCUGGAUGAUCACGAUGUACCGAUUCAUACCAUGCGAAGCUGGCUUCGUUAUCAUUUACUACCAGGAUGCUGGACCAACGAUUUGCUUCAGGACAGCAUGUUGAUGGAUACAGAAUACAAAGCUUCUUCAUUGGGAGGCGCACCACAAAAACUUCCGGUGUUUAUUGAAACGGAGAAAAUGAAAGGCAAACCUACCGGCAAAUCCAUUCGCUUCAAUCAUGCCAGAGUUUUGGGAGAUGGAGUGAUGGUUGGGGAAAACAUGAUUUAUCAGUUAUCGGAUCCCGUGAAUCUCCCCAGCGAUAUUCUCAGUACCAUGGUCAUCGAUCUGGAUCUUUCAACCUUUAUUGCCGCACUUUACGUAUCCAAAGUCUCGGAUGUGAUCAAAAAUAUCAAUGGCAUCACCUUGUUUGUACCGACCAAUGACGCUUUCCAAGAACUUGGACUGGUGGCGAAAUAUCUGGUUCAUCCAAGCGCCAAGGACCAUCUACAAAGUGUAUUAAGGUAUCAUGCAGCGGAGGGUUUGCUGUAUCGCCAAGAUUUGUUGUCCAAGGUGAACGAAGCACCAACCUUGGCCAAUGCCACCUUGCGUAUCACACCUAUGGAAAACCACGAAAUCAUUGUGGGACGACCGGAUCGACCUGCAACAGGCAUUGUCCGACAUACCAACGUCCUUGUAGCUAAUGGUGUGGUUCACAAGAUAGACCAAGUCCAGAUCCCCAGCCAUGUUAAGAUUAGUAAUCGCGAUCUCUUGGUCGGUAUCGAAGCGACGACCAUGCUGCAAAUCCUUGACCAUGCCAACCUCACGGCAAUGAUUAAUGAUAAAAAUUGGAUUGUUCUCGCCCCAUCUGACAAGGCGUUUGCCCAUCUUGAUCUGGAUGCCUUGUUUGCCGAUCCUUAUCAGCUGGACCGGAUAGCUCGACUUCAUUUGAUCCCUCAACCGUGGCCCAACCAGUGGGUACAAGAACGCGACAAGACGGAGUAUCCCACUUACUUAUCCGACAAGGAUAAACUAGUUAUUCGCGAUGAAGGUCAUCGAGAUCUGGUGAUCGAUGUCAAGGAUCAAUCAUCGGAUAUCCGUGCACGCGUCAUUGCACAAGGUCGGUCCACGUUUGAUGGCGGCGUUCUCUUACUGGAUAGUGUACUCAUCCCCGUACGACGAGGCUUCUUUGGUCUACCUUGGGGGUGGUCAAUUGUUGUCGUCACGGGCAUCACCCUUCUCAGCGCCAGUAUCGCCAGUCUCUGUGGUUUUGUCGGUUACAAGAUUUACAACCGUCGUCGACUUGGUUACCGAGCCAUUUAACCCUGUUUCCUUUCCCUCUUCCCCCAAACCUCCCUUCAUCCCGCUCAAGUAUGCGGAACCAAGCUACCACGGAAUAGGAUAGUCACAUACAACCCAUUUAUGUAACUGUAUAUAAACAUUUGAUUCACCUAUUUUUUUUUCU